AUGCCGGCCACGACCGACGGUCAAGGUUCCUUCCUCAACCGGAUAAGUAUCCGCCGGAACCAGGUGGUGGCUAUGGAAAAUCACGAUCAAGAACUCGAAGACCUUGAAUUCUUUCAAAAGCAUAUUGCUGACCGAUUCUCCCACAUCCUUUCCACCCCCUCCGCCGCAUCAACCACCGCCAGUAACUCAAAUGAUCCUUCCUCCGCUGCCACCGAUUCCCCUAGUGCAGCACUUGAGAGUGGCACCCCUUCGCUCCUUUCAAUCUCGUGGUUCCGUAACCUUCUUGAUACUUAUCUUUGCUGCGAGGCUGAAUUCAAGGCUGUUUUGGUAAUGGGUCGUGACCCGACCCAAUUUACGAAGACUCCGCUCGAUAAACUCAUCCCUGACCUCCUUGAUCGCUCUGUGAAGGCGCUUGAUAUUUGUAACGCAGUCACACACGGUGUUGAGCUGGUCCGCCACUGGCAGAAGCUGGCCGAGAUUGCCGUCACGGCGUUGCAACAGAAUCUCAUCGGCGAAGGCCAGGUCCGGCGCGCCAAAAAGGCCCUCACAACCCUUCUCACUUCAAUGGUGCUUGAUGACAAAGAAAAUGCAAAUACCAAUAACCACGGAAAGUCAACAGAACGAGCUUGGUCAUUCGGCCGUCGCGGCAGCGGAUCUGGAAAUAGCAAUAAGGACCGGUCCACCGGAAACUUCCGGUCUUUAUCCUGGUCCGUGGCGAAACAAUGGUCCGCUGCCAAACAGAUUCAGGCCAUGUCAUCCAAUCUCGCUGCGCCACGUGGUGGAGAGUCAACCGGACUGGCCAUGCCGGUUUAUAUUAUGAGCACGGUUUUAGUAUUUGUGAUGUGGGCUUUGGUGGCAGCAAUUCCAUGCCAAGAGAGGACUGGGCUUGCGACCCAUUUUGUUGUUCCCAAGCAGUUGGGCUGGGCCCAGCCCAUGAUUGGGCUUCAAGAGAAAAUUGGAGAGGAGUGGAAGAAGAAGAAGGAGAAAGGGACUGCUGGAUUGCUUGAAGAGUUGCAAAAAAUGGAAAAGGUGGCUCAAUCCCUAGUCGAUUUUGCCGACUCGUUCCAAUUUCCAUUAGAGGAGGAGAAGUUGGCCGAGGUGGCAAUGCAGGUCGAGGAGCUGGCCGAGAUCUGUCGUAAAAUGGAAGAAGGGCUCGUGCCGCUGCAGCUACAGGUUAGAGAGGUGUUUCAUAGGAUUGUGAGGAGUAGGGCCGAGGUUCUUGAUCUUCUUGAUCAAGCUGGUAAAUUAUCCACACCAGUUCCAUAUUGA